AUGCUAAGCCAGAGCCAGAUAGCAGCUCGCCAACCGGUGCCCCGCGACUUACCGAUGUUUUCAGGAGACGUGGAAGCCUGGCCGCUUUUUAUAGCGACGUAUAACCGCACCAACGCCUCCUGCGGUUACACGGAUGAUGAAAACAUCGGCCGCCUGCAGCAUGCGCUGAGAGGAGCAGCACUCGAAGCUGUGGGACACCUUUUGUCCUUUCCGGGUGGUUUGAAGGAGGCUAUGGCAACACUGCACGCGCGUUUCGGAAGACCCGAUUUGAUCGUCGAAUCGAUGAUCGAGAAGAUGAGGAGGAUGGCACCCCCGAAGGUUGACAGGUUGACAACGGUGGUGGAUUUCGGAUUCGCAGUGAAGCGUUUGGUGGGAGCGAUGACGGCGUCCGGGCUACGAGGCUACAUGUACGACGUAGCCUUCCCAAAAGAGUUGGUUAGGAAGUUACCACCCGUCAUAUGCAUUGACUGGGCGCGUGCUAGGAGACACUUACCGGAGGUGACGCUGGUGGAGUUUGGUCGAUGGAUCGGAGAUCUUGCGGAGGAUCUCUGCGGCGUUAUUGAUAUAAACCCCGUGACGAGCAGCAGCGACCAGAAUCGCCGACAGCCGGAACCUCAAGCUCAGCCAUCCCGUGGUCAACCUCAGCGAUUCAAGCCCCAUCGAUUCCCGUCAGUGCAGUCCGAUCGACGGCAACCUGUUGGUACUGGGCAUGUUCACCCAGCGUACUGCAACACCACGGUUCUGCUGAGAGAGGACCCAGGCGAGAAGGACCCAACUUCGUCAAUCGACGCGCCAGCCCUGCUGUCCCGUUGUCUUCUGUGCGGCGCGGACUGUUCGUCUCUCGCGCAGUGUAAGCGGUUUCGAGGAACAACGGUUACCGCCAGGAGGGCCUUCAUAAAUGAGCGCAGGAUAUGCCGCAAAUGUCUUGGGUACCACGGAGGUCGAUGCAGUGCGAAGACGCCGUGUGGCGUAAACGGAUGCACCAUGCAGCACCACGAGUUGCUCCACCUGGAUGAUCGGACAACUGCUAGCCCCGACCAGCGCGAUCCUCGAGCCGACUCAGGUAAGGGAGUAGAUCUUAGCAUUGCUAAAGUUCACACCCAUUCAGGACUGAAGGAUAGCACGCUCCUGAAAUACGUGCCCGUGACACUGCAUGGACCCAACGGACGUGUAGACACAUUCGCCUUCUUGGAUGACGGGUCUACAUCCACCUUCAUGGAAGACGGACUCCUGCAGGAACUAGGCAUCGCCGGAACACCGCACCCGCUGUGUCUACAAUGGACGGGAGACGUAACCAGAGAAGAAAAGGAUUCCGUUAGAUUGACAGUUCGCAUAUCGGGCCGAAACGAGUCGCAAACGCUGUACGAAUUGACUGAGGUCCAUACCGUCAAAGAGCUUGCCCUUCCAACGCAGUCCGUCAACAUGACUCAACUGGCUGGCUGCUAUGCGCAUUUGCGAGGUCUUCCCGUUAGGUCGUACGCCGGUGCCUUGCCACGUGUCCUCAUAGGCAUCGACAACUGCAACAUCACCCGAGCGUUGAAGAGUGUGGAUGGGAAGUUUGACGAGCCAGUCGCUUCGAAAACCCGCCUGGGAUGGGUUGUCUACGGUCCUUGCUCGGUUGCGAGUGCCGCACCAGGAUCCACGUGGAACUCAUUCCAUGUGUGUUCGUGUAACGCUGCGCCGGACGAUAUUCUUACCGCCGCAGUGAAACGAUAUUUCGAUCUGGAAUCGAUCGGCAUUGAUAAGUCCGUAAAGCCGUUGCGAUCUAAGGACGACGAAAGGGCACUCGCUAUACUGGAGCGCGAGACCACCUUCGACGGACAGCGCUACGAGACCGGACUCCUAUGGCGGUACGACAGCGUUGAACUACCUUGCAACAAAACCUCAGCGCUGCAGCGGUAUGUAUGCCUAAAACGAAAAAUGUCAAAGGAUCCAAUUUUAGCUGGUGCUGUGAAUUCCAAAAUGAAAGAGUAUAAAGCGAAAGGAUACAUACGGCGGUUAAGCAGCGCGGAAACGGCGGAGAGGCACAAAAAUGACUGGUAUCUACCCAUCUUCCCGGUGACGAACCCGAAUAAACCCGGCAAGAUUCGCAUGGUGUUCGAUGCGGCAGCCAAAGUAAGCGGCGUUUCCCUGAACUCUUUUCUCCUUACUGGACCGGAUAUGCUGGCUGGAUUACUUACAAUACUACUGAAAUUCAGAGAGUUUCGCUUUGCGGUGGUUGGAGACAUCCGCGAGAUGUUCCAUCGUGUGGGCAUUAAGAAAAAAGAUCAACGCAGCGAAAUGAUCUUCUGGGACGGCGACGAUCCUCACGGGGAUCCUGCUGUCUAUGCAGUCACCGUAAUGACGUUUGGGGCAGCUUGUUCGCCUGCAAGCGCACAGUACGUGAAGAACCGGAAUGCGGAACGUUUCCGGAAGGAGUUUCCACGAGCGGUGGAAUGUAUACAAGAAGAACACUACGUGGACGAUAUGCUCGCCAGCAUGGAAACCGAGGAGGAAGCCGCGGAACUGGCUAGCACCGUUCGUUUUAUCCACGCGCAGGGUGGAUUCGAGAUCCGGAAUUGGGCCUCGAACUCGCAAGCGGUAAUCAACUCUCUACAAGAAGAACCGACGAAAGGAAAGGACAUUCAGAUGGGAAACGAACCCACAGCGGAAAAGGUACUGGGGAUGUGGUGGAAUACCUCAACCGACGUAUUUACGUUCCGCCUUUCCCCAAAGUACGAUGAGGAUCUGCUAGCUGGUGAAAGACCCGCUACGAAACGGGAGAUUCUAAGAACGCAGAUGAGUCUCUACGACCCGAUGGGAUUCCUAGGGCACUUUAUAAUGUACCUUAAGGUCUUACUCCAAGAGGUCUGGCGUGGUGGAUACAGCUAG